GCCCUCGAUGGCUGUGGGGAGUUCAUGCCUAGCCCUUCUUCCACCCCGACUAACCCCGCCUCCUUCAAAUGUGCCGCCUGUGGUUGCCACCGCAAACUUCCACCACCGUUACCCUUACGAUGUCCCCGCUUUCAUCCGCCGCCUACCACCGCCACCUAAUGCUAGCUCUAGACCAAGCCCCACCCAUAGCCCUACCCCGCCCACACCUGUGCCAUACUCUUACUACAGUACUUCUGCACCGCACAUGCUGCUGGCCUUGACCACUGCAUACUCCGGGCCGUUGGAUGAGUUCCAUCGCCGCCUCGACAGCUCCCAUCCUUCGACGCCGACGAUAAACAACGACAACAACAACAACCCGAGUGGGAGAAAGAGGUCAAGAACAAAGUUUACAAAGGAACAGAAAGAAAAGAUGCAUGCUUUCGCGGAGAGGCUUGGUUGGAGCAUGGCAAAGAGUGAAGAAAGAUCGAUAGAAGAGUUUUGCUAUGAAGUUGGGGUCGAUAGAGGAGUUUUCAAGGUUUGGAUGCACAACAACAAGAACACUUUUAACAAGAAAGAUGUAUCAGCAGCAGAUGAAAACAGAGGAUAUGACUUGUAAGGAUAACAAUUAAAGAGAUUUAUUCUGUCAUUGUUAAUUCCA